UUUUUUUGUUUUUUUUUCUUGCGCACACGGAUAUAAAACCCAGCGCGCACCAAGCGCCCAGAAGCGCACAGGAGACGCCACAGGACAGCGCGCCAAUCUCCCCCUGACCCUCUGGGAAAUAUGCAUCCUAACUUGGUGAGCUGGCUGGGGACUCUGGGGUUCCUGCUGUGGGCGCUGCUCUGUCUGGGCGCCCUGACGGAGGGAUACCCGGUGAAGCCGGAGAACCCCGGGGAGGACGCCCCGGCGGACGAGCUGGCCAAGUACUACUCAGCCCUGAGACACUACAUCAACCUGAUCACAAGACAGAGGUAUGGAAAGAGGUCCAGUCCUGAGAUGCUGGACACGCUGGUCUCAGAGCUGCUGUUGAAGGAAAGCACAGACACGCUUCCACAGUCGAGAUAUGACCCAUCAUUGUGGUGAUGCCGUCGUCAAUGUCGGCUUUCACCGCUGCCCCGCCGCCGCUGACAUUCUGACCUCUGCACAUCCGUCACUCCAUACCCUCCUGCGCCAAAUGACCACCCUGCCUCUGCCCCUUUUACCUCUAUGAGCCGCCACGUCUGUUCUAUUCGACCCCACCUCCAUAGCCAUGAGCUACAGUCACGACUGCUUAUAGUAUGUGCCAUAAAACUGUAAAUAGUUUAUUCAGAGUGAUCAUCUGUGAAACAUAAAAGUAAAAAUGGGGGGAGGGCAUGUUGAUUGUAUUGUAUAAUUGUGCUAUUAAAGAUUAAUUGUUUGAAGA